AUGCCCGAGCCGCGGGAGAUGAAGAUUGCCUGCAUCGGCGCCGGCUACGUCGGCGGCCCGACGAUGGCGGUCAUCGCGAAGCAGUGCCCCCACAUCACCGUGCACGUGAUGGACGUCUCGGAGGAGCGGAUUGCCGCGUGGAACGUCCCCGCCUCCGCCCCCGGCGCGAAGCUGCGACUGCCCAUCUACGAGCCGGGGCUCGCCGACAUCGUGGGCGAGGUGCGGGGGCGGAACCUCUUCUUCACCACCGACCACAACUGCAUGAAGGGGGCCGACGUGAUCUUCGUGGCGGUGAACACCCCCACGAAGGAGACGGGCGUCGGCGAGGGGAUGGCGGCGGACCUCACGUACGUUGAGAGCUGCGCCCGCCUCAUCGGGGAGACCGUCGGCGACGGCCACCACGUCGUGGUGGAGAAGUCCACCGUGCCGGUGCGCUGCAGCAUCUCCAUCCGCCGCAUCCUCCGCGCGUACAGGCGCAACGACGCCGUCUCCUUCGCCGUCGUCAGCAACCCGGAGUUCCUCGCGGAGGGGACGGCGGUGCGGGACCUCAUGGAGCCCGACCGCGUGCUCAUCGGCGGCGACGACGAGGCCGCGAUCUCCCUCGUCUCCGCCAUCUACGAGAACUGGGUGGACCGCGCCCGCAUCAUCCGCACGAACCUGUGGUCCAGCGAGCUCUCCAAGCUGGUCGCGAACGCGUUCCUGGCGCAGCGCAUCUCGUCCAUCAACUCCGUCACCCCGCUCUGCGAGCUCACGGGGGCGGACGUGCUGGAGGUGCGCCAAGCCCUCAGCGCCGACAGGCGCAUCGGGGCGCUCUUCCUCAACCCCUCCGUCGGCUUCGGCGGCUCCUGCUUCCAGAAGGACAUCCUCAACCUGGUCUACCUCUGCCGCACCCUCUCCCUGCACGAGACGGCGGAGUACUGGUCGCAGGUGGUGAAGAUGAACAACUAUCAGAAGGAGCGCUUCUACCAACGCAUCGUCCACGGCUCCUUCGACACCGUGCGGAUGAAGACAAUAUCCAUCAUGGGGUUUGCCUUCAAGAAGGACACCGGAGACACGCGGGAGAGUCCGGCCAUCCACAUCUGCGCCCGCCUGCUGCAGGAGGGAGCCAAGCUGCGCAUCUACGACCCCAAGGUGACACGCGAGCAGGUGCUGCUGGAGCUGGAGAACUUCUUCAACAAGGAACACCUCCUGAGCUGCUGCAGCUACGAGCGUUUCAAGCGGAAUGGGCCGGGGCGCGGCGGCGGCAACGUGGAGGGCAUGUUGAAGAACGUGGAGGUGGUGGACGCGGCCCUGAAGGCGUCCGUAAACGCCAGCGCCAUCGUCAUCCUGACGGAGUGGAACGAGUUUGCCACGAUGGACUACGCGAGGCACUAUGAGGUGAUGCAGCGGCCGGCGCUCGUCUUCGACGGCCGCCUCGUGGUCGACGCGAAGAAGCUGUCGGCGAUCGGGUUCGAGGUGUGCGCCAUCGGCAAACCGCCGGCCUCAAGCCACGAAAGCUUCCUCUACGACAGCCAGUGA